GAAUUGACUGGUCCAGCCCCCGCCCUCGAAGCAGUCGAAUACAUCGACGUGAAAUUCCAGAACAGAUUCAAUGAACAUUCGAUAUAUCGGGGGAAGCCGACGCCGGAAUUGGAGCAGGCGUGGUUGGAUUUGUGGAAUUUCGCCCCCAUCAACAUUCCCCUCGAGAAACUCAGCGCGUUGAACAAAUCCACGACUUCGAAUUGGCAACGCGCGAAGCCGGAGAAGGGGGGUGGGGUUAUUGGGUCUCUUGAGGUGUUCCACCAAAUCCACUGCCUCGAUCUCAUCCGCCAAUAUACCUACCGCGAUCAAUACGAUUAUAGCAAACAGCCGGCGUUUGAUGGGACGGAGGAGCAGGUUCGGCAUCACGUCGACCACUGCAUUAAUAGUUUGAGAAUCUUCCUCCAGUGCACCUCAGACGUGACACCGUAUCUGGUUCUCAAAGAUCCGAAACGGCCCCUAGGCAUCGACCCGGAUUUUAAUACCCAGCACAAGUGUCGCGAUUACGGGAAGAUAGUGACCUGGGCGAGGGAACAUGAGUUGAAUACGGCGGAUUAUCAGAAUCAUAUUGAUUAG